AACGGAAGCAUUUGAAAGGCGCCCAAUGAACAUUUAACGCACGAGCAAAGAAAAAAACAAAACAAAUAGAAAGGAAAUUGAUAAAAAAAGGAAAGUUUUUCAUAAAAAUUGUGGAAAAAGAAUGAUGCAACGUGUCACCCAAGCUGCCCAAAGUCGAUUUUUGUGGCAUUUCACGCGAAAUUCUUCAAAUGCCGCUGUUCGCCCCAAGACUGCGAUCCUCAUGCUCAACAUGGGAGGCCCCCAAAACACGUCCCAAGUGCACGACUACCUUCUGCGGAUCAUGACAGACCGCGAUAUGAUCCAACUUCCCGUUCAAAGUAAGCUCGGACCGUGGAUCGCUCAACGACGAACGCCCGAGGUGCAAAAAAAAUACGAAGAAAUCGGCGGCGGAUCUCCAAUUCUCAAAUGGACUGAACUCCAAGGCGAUUUGCUGUGUCAAGAAUUGGAUCGAAUGUCGCCGGAAACAGCGCCGCACAAACAUUACGUCGGAUUUCGCUAUGUAACGCCGCUGACGGAAGAUACUCUCGCGAAAAUUGAAAACGAUUCACCGGAACGCGUGAUAAUUUUCUCGCAAUAUCCUCAGUACAGUUGUGCGACCUCCGGAUCGAGCUUCAAUUCGAUUUUCAUGCAUUACAAGAAGAAAACCGCACCGAAAGGCAUCAAAUGGAGCGUUAUUGAUCGCUGGCCGACGCAUCCGUUGCUCGUAAAAACCUUUGCGGAUCGAAUUCGGGAACAACUUUCGACUUUUCCGACGGAAAUUCAAAAAGAUGUCGUUUUACUUUUCUCCGCGCAUUCACUCCCAUUGAAGGCGGUGCGUCGUGGCGACUCAUAUCCAUCGGAAGUUGGCGCUACAGUUCACAUGGUGAUGCAAGAACUUCAAAAUUCCAAUCCUUAUUGCCUCGUUUGGCAAAGUAAAGUUGGUCCGUUGCCAUGGUUGGAGCCUUUUACAGACGACGCCAUUAAAGCUUACGUGAAAAAGGGCAAGAAAAAUUUUAUUCUCGUCCCGAUUGCGUUUGUAAACGAACAUAUUGAGACGUUGCACGAGCUGGAUAUCGAAUAUUGCAAAGAAUUGGCGGAAGAAUUGAAAAUUCCAGCAGGAUCGAUUAAACGAGCAUUGGCUCCGAAUGAUCAUCCGUUGUUCAUAAAGGCGUUAAGUAGUGUCGUUCAAGAGCAUUUGAAGUCGGGACAAGCGUUAAAUCCGAAAUUCUUGACAAGAUGCCCGCAUUGCACAAAUAGCAAGUGUGAGGAAAGCAAGAAAUGGUACGAGAAAUUGUGUCAAGGAGAAGCUUGAAUUACGAAUUUAUUUUAAUGGGAAAUCUCUUUUGGAAGGCUGGUGCAUUUUUUUGAACAAAAUUAAAUAAAAUAAUAAAAUUUAGGCAAUUUUUUUAAGUAUU